AUGCGGACCGUGGGGUCGAUAUGUGCCCUCCUACUGCUGGGGGUCGCACGGGUCGAGGCGAACCUUUUAAUGAAAGGUAUCGCCUCGGAGGUGAUCGAAUUGAAUAAGGAUCAGUAUCAAUUGGUUGGUUUCCCACAAUCGGCGCUGAAUCAGACAGAGUUGGAGCUGAGUUUUGAUUGCCCGAAUGAGCUGGAUUUGGAGUUUACGGUCCAAUUCGCGAUCCGUAGCUCGCCAUGCGACAAAGAAUUCUUCAAUGUCCGCAACGCUGCCGUGCUACGGGAUUUACUCCAAUUCUACUUUGACUCGGCCAACAAAAUCCCACAAGAGUUUGACUACAAACAAAUUGUAUUCUACAAAUCGCCGGAAAAGGUCUUCAACUGCAAGGAUUCGCAUGGGCGCAUCAUCUUUGAGCCCGAGAAGAUCGGAGUGCCGUCGGAGAUGAAACCGGAAACCGUUGUCGGUGUUGUGCCUUAUGCGAAUCCUACUGGCGAGAAGGUGAAACGGGAUACGUAUUCUGGGUUGAAUGGAAAUUCUGUUGAUGGUGGUACCUCGAAUUCGUUGAGCACAUGGCAUCCAUCUGUAAAGCUCCCAAUCGACGCCAUCUACUUUGCCAUUGUUCGUCUCCAGAUGACGUCCAAGUCGACAACUUCCGGAAACGUUACGGUCAUCACGAAAUGGCGCGGACCUUAUGGCUUCCUGUCGGCCAUCGACUAUCCCCUCUUCGGCUUCUAUGGGUUCAUGUGCUUCUUCUAUGGGAUCCUCUCGAUUGUCUGGCUGAUCCUCUGCAUCCGUCACUACAAGGACAUUCUGAAAAUCCAGUACUGGAUUGGCGGUGUUAUCGUCCUUGGUAUGAUCGAGAAAGCGUUCUUCUAUUCGGAGUACGCGACGAUGAACAAUUCUGGGGAAAGUGUAGAUGGUGUUAUACAGCUUGCCGAGCUUGUCUCCUGCCUGAAACGCACGAUGUCGCGGGUGUUGAUUAUCAUCGUCUCCGUUGGGUACGGUGUCGUGAAGCCGAGGCUUGGUCAAACGUUUAGUCAGGUAGCUGGAGUGGGUUUUGUGUACUUUGUCUUCUGUGCCAUCGAGGGAUUGGCUCGAGUCUCGAAGAAUCAUGUAGAAGCCGCGAAACAAAAGCAAUUCGCUGCUCUGCCGCUCGUCAUUGUCGAGAUGGUCAUCUUCUACUGGAUCUUUACCUCACUGACCGGGACGAUGCGGCAGCUCAAGCUGAGGCGGAAUGAGGCAGGU